AUGGCCGAGGCUAUCUGGCAGUGCACAGUGACUGAACUGCAACCUGUGUCCCUCCUCAAAGCUUUAUCUGUGCAAGAAGCAUUGGCUAUUCUGAAGGACCGCAGAAAUAAUCAGCGACAGCAAGAGGUAAGCAGAGAAGCAGGGCAUGCUUCCCCCCCAACCCACCCCCAGCAUAUGAAAACAAGAUAGUGGGAGAACGUAUUGUGAAAGGCGGUGUGAAACAAGACAAGCAUGGGCAAAUAGUUUGUGAAAGAGUAGUGGCUACCGGAAUGGAGCAAUAGGAUGUGCAAAUGUGUGAGGCUAUUCUCAGGAUUCCCCUUUGGUAAAUACCUUGCAUGUGGCAAGCUUCUGUUUGACCCUUCCAGGUGAGAAGCUAUUGAGUAACCUGAGAUAUAGGAGCACGCGGGAUUUCCCCAACUGAUUGGUAGGAAGAACAGCUCGAUAAGGAAAAAGAAAUACUAGACGAUGCACCAUCACUUUUGCUGGCAAUGGUCCUGUCCUAGCUGAAUUUCUGCCUGUUGUGUAGCUGCUAACAAGGCAGGCAGAAACCUUGCCAGGGAAAGGGGAGUGAUCCAUGGUGGUCUGGAGAAACUUAGUUGGUAGAACACGAGACUCUUAAUCUCAAGGUUGUGGGUUCAAGCCCCAUGUUGGACAAAAGAUUCUUGCAUUGCAGGGGGCUUCAACCAGAUGUUCCUUGUGGUCUCUUCCAACUUUCCGAUUCUAUGAUAUAGUCUGAGAUCACGACUGCAGCAUAAUCCUAUGCGUAUUUACUCACCGUGUCUCGCUUUAGCACUAAAACAAAGCGACAGAGAGCAAUGCUUGUAAAGGUGGGCACAUGAAACGACAUGGGUGAGUUUCUGAAUGCUGACACAGCCUGUUUCCCCAAGAUGGGGCUGUGUGUACUGUGCAACAAUAACGGAUUGGGGGCAUCUCUCAUGUUGACAACUGGGACAUAAGCUGCAUACGGCCGCUGUGAAAUUUGUAGGGAUCAGCACACCUGGAAUAAAGCAAAACAAAACAUCCACACAUCCAUGCCCUAAUGACAUUAUUUAGAAAGUUGAUAAACCCGGCCCCAGCGAGAUCAGCAAUGAUCCUGCUGUUUUCCUGGGCAAAUCUCUCAUAUCUGCAUGCUCAGAUGUUGACAUUUCUGAGCCACAGCCAAGCCCUAGCAAACUAUUGUUUACCAUCUGAAAUUGCAAAGCGCAUGCUGUGCCCCCUCUCCCUUGUUAACUCUUCGGUGUGUUUCACAUUUCUGAAAAGGAAAGUUUUUCUGCAGCCAGUUGGUGCUUCAGCAAGCAAGGAUAGUGGCUGGACUGGAAUUCUCCCCCUUGAAAGUACAGUAAUUUAGAAUUGCUUGCGUGAGAAAGAGAAGAGAUAAAGGGAUGGUUUAAAGCAGAAAUGGGGAACUUCAGACUCAGGGUUCAAAUGUGACCCUUUGUUCCCUGGUCACAUCCAUGACAGGCCCUAUCUCAUGCUUUAUUUAUUUAGAUUUAUACACUGCUUGAUUGUAAAAAAAUAUCACUUCAAAGUGGUUUACAAAACACAAAACAGUAACUGAUCGAGGAACUGGAGCACCUUCUCUGUGAACAAGGGCAAACAGAAUUGGCUGGCGUGACAAUUCAAGACAGACAAAAAAAUAAAGCACUCACAGGAAAGAAUAGUGCUGCUUUAUUCUUCACUGGGCUGGCCACAUCUGGACCCCAUUUUAAGACUAAGACUGACAAAUGGGAGUGGGUUCAAAGGUGGGAGAUCAUGAUGGUGAGGGAGGUCUGGAAGAAACCCAGCCCUGUGAGGUACAGUUGAGAGAGAGGGGCAUGUUUAGCCAGAAGGAGAGAAGAGGGGUGGGGUGGGGUUGUGGUUGUGGUUGAAGAUAGUAAGAUGGUACAACUAUUGCACUAACUAUUCAUAUUGAUUUUUUUUUAAAUGUGUUGCUUUUGCCUCUUUUACUGUAUUUCAUUCUAUUACAAUUUGAAAUCCAUGGAAUUCAAUUUUAAUAUAAUAAAAUGCAAUGCUGAAGGAUUAAAGAAGCAAUUUCUUAAUGGAUCUGUGUGUGUGUGUGUGUGUACACGUGUGCGCGCGCAUGUGCUUGUGUGUGUGUGUGUCUAUAUAAAAACUCCUAGCAAAAACUGGGAAACUCCACUCCUGUAUGAUUUCAGCUGCCUUCUCAACCUUCCCUGCCCCUAUGUUCUGUCCUCUAUCACGCAGGAGGAGCUGAAUGCAUCUCUGCCGUCCCGUUGUCCCGUCCGCUUCUGCUGGGGAAGAAACUUCCCUCUCCGUCUCUUUUGGCUUGGCUCCUGCCCUCCCGCCCCCCUUCCAUCGAUCCUGCGGGCUCUCCAGGAUUAG